AUGCAACAACCAGACGGUAUUCCAACAUUUAAACUUGUUAUUGUAGGUGAUGGAGGAACAGGAAAAACUACAUUUGUUAAAAGACAUCUUUCAGGAGAAUUUGAAAAGAAAUAUAUUCCAACCAUUGGUGUAGAUGUUCAUCCAAUGCUUUUUAAUACAAAUUGUGGACCAAUUAGAUUUGAAGUUUGGGAUACUGCUGGACAAGAAAAAUUUGGAGGAUUAAAAGAUGGAUAUUAUGUUCAAGCACAUUGUGCAAUUAUUAUGUUUGAUGUUACAUCAAGAGACACUUAUAAAAAUGUUGCAACAUGGUAUAAAGAUCUUGUUCGUGUGUGUGAAGGUAUUCCAAUUGUUCUUGUUGGUAAUAAAUGCGAUGUAAAAGAUAGAAAAGUUAAACAAAGACAAAUUACAUUCCAUAGAAAGAAGAAUUUACAAUAUUAUGAUGUUUCAGCUAAAUCAAAUUAUAAUUUCGAAAGACCAUUUUUAUGGAUUGCUAGAAAACUUACUGGAAAUCCAAAUCUUGUUUUUGUUGCUGAUCCAAGAAUGUUGAAACCAGCUGAAAUUGAUCCAAGAACUAUUCAACAAGAAUCUAUUGAUAUUAAUGAUCCAAAUAUUCCAAUGAAUUCAUUUAAUGAUGAUGUAUUUGGAAAUGGACCUAUCUAA